AUGGACGUUGGGAUGCCAGCUGAACAGGUGCUUGAACAUAUUGAAAGGAACCCGCAGCUAAGGGACAAUUUAAGGCUGGAGAACAACACCAAGCAGAUUCACAAAGGAGUCACCAAAACGGCCUCGAGGGAGGCUAACGAAACCCGUCUCUUCGACGCGAGACAACAGCCGGCCCGAGAUGCAGCAGAUCGAACGGGCCAUCCGGGCGAUUACGACCACGCAGACGACCCGGUCAACCCGCUCGCAGCGGCUCGGGGAUCCUGUCCCAAUUAUAACAGAUCCUGGCCGACUAAUACGCCCUUAGAAGAGAAGGCGCAUAGAAGAUAUGCCCACAGGCGCCUAUUGCCAGCACCGCCGGCCAGUACGCCACACCUCGAGGAGAACGAGGAUGUGGAAACAGAGAGUAAGCUCGAAAUCCUGCAGGAACAACGCGCGAAAAUCCCGGGAGGAGGUUAUGUUGACUUUUCUACAGGACAGGAAGUCCUAGAGGCAGACGUUAUCACUAUCAAAGAGCCAUGGACGAAUUAA